AUGGGCAGCAGGACAGCUUCUGCCAGUAGGGUCAUGAAGUCACAUGUUCCUUUAAUAAGGUUCCCUAACAAAAGAGUCAAUCCUCAAAAGCUUUGGUAUCUGCUGUGCUGUCUACCCUCUCACUAUUCUGAAAUUUCUAAAGGAAGUGUGUCACCAGAAUUGGUGAUGUAUCACAGGCCACCAGACACUGCAGAAAUAAUAAAAGAAUUACCUCAGAAAUACAGAAGGAAUCUUAUCUCUCAAGAUUAA